UUAUUUUUUAAGAUCGAUGGGAAAUCCUUUGAGACAGAUGCUACUUGGAAUCUGAGCAGUGGGGUUUGCAAACUUCUUCAACGUCGCUUAUUGUUGGAGCCGGAAAAUCCACUGUCGUUGGUAAAAAGGAGGAUAGUUGAUCACAUGCAUCGGACAUACAGGAAGCCAGGACAUCGCAGCCCACUAUUCACCGUAUGUGAGACAGAGCCACGAGUUGUGACUACAUUUGAGAACUUUGACUCGCUUUUGACACCACAGGAUCAUGUGUCGAGGAGGCCAUCGGACACCUACUACGUGAACAAAUCACACUGCCUUCGUGCGCAUACCUCUGCUCAUCAAUACCAAUUACUGAAAGAAGGUCUCGACGCUUUCAUUGUCAUUGGUGACGUAUACCGGCGUGACGAAAUUGAUCGCACUCAUUAUCCUUGUUUUCAUCAGGUGGAAGGUGUUCGAUUGUUUUCAUCACAUCAACUGUUCAAUACUCUGCCUGGAGCUGAAUUGCCUAUCUUAGAAAAUACGGAAAGGACGCCAACCAAGCAAGAGAAGCAUACUGAAGACGCUGCCAAAGCUCUUGAAAUCCAACUGAAAAACCACUCUAGAGGUAGGAUGUUUGAUACUCAAUCGUUUUACGACCUCAGUGAUGCUCUUUUUGGAAGUGAAUGUGAAAAGCGAUGGGUGGAUGCGUAUUUCCCAUUCACACAUCCUUCAUUUGAACUUGAGGUGUUUUAUGAAGGAAAGUGGUUAGAAGUGCUUGGUUGUGGAAUCAUGGAACAGCGCUUAUUGGAAUCUACAGGUGCUGGGGAUAAAGUGGGAUGGGCGUUCGGUCUUGGACUUGAGCGCCUUGCUAUGAUACUAUAUAGUAUUCCAGAUAUUCGGUUGUUUUGGUCUACAGACUCUGGAUUUCUCUCACAAUUCAGUGGGAAAUCACCCACGGACAAGGUCAAAUACAAGCCGGUUUCUGUACAUCCUCAGGUUCUGUUUGAUAUGUCCUUCUUUUUACCAGAAGGCGUCGUUUAUCAUGAUAUGACUGCCAAUGUUAAUGAUACAGUGAGAAACAUUGGUGGGGAUCUGGUGGAACAGGUGAUCCUUACUGAUGAGUUCACUAAUAAGAAGAAUCGUAAAAGUCAAACUUAUCGGAUCGUCUAUAGGAGCAAUUCGAAAGCUCUCACCAAGGAUGAAGUUAAUGUAGUUCAUAAGCAGAUCACAGAUCAAUUAUCAGAGCUUUAUGGUGUUAUCUUGCGGUAG